GCCUAGCCGCGGCCGGUGCGGAGGAAGGGAGGGAAGGAAGGCGGAGGUCACGUGCGGUCGGCGGCCCUAGGUCACGUGACAGAGCGCGGGGGGCUGGGAGUUCUUCUGAGAAAAGAGGAGUGAAGCCUGGGGGACGCGGUGGCGCGGCUCUGACAAUGAGUUUUCUUGGUGGCUUUUUUGGUCCCAUUUGUGAGAUCGACGUUGUCCUUAAUGAUGGGGAAACCAGGAAAAUGGCAGAAAUGAAAACUGAAGAUGGCAAAGUAGAAAAACACUAUCUUUUCUAUGAUGGAGAAUCUGUUUCAGGAAAGGUAAACCUAGCCUUUAAGCAACCUGGAAAGAGGCUAGAGCACCAAGGAAUUAGAAUUGAAUUUGUAGGUCAAAUUGAACUUUUCAAUGACAAGAGUAAUACUCACGAAUUUGUAAACCUAGUGAAAGAACUAGCCUUACCUGGAGAACUGACCCAGAGCAGAAGUUAUGAUUUUGAAUUUAUGCAAGUUGAAAAGCCAUAUGAAUCUUACAUUGGUGCCAAUGUCCGCUUGAGGUAUUUUCUUAAAGUGACAAUAGUAAGAAGACUGACAGACUUGGUAAAAGAGUAUGAUCUUAUUGUUCACCAACUUGCUACCUACCCUGAUGUUAACAACUCUAUUAAGAUGGAAGUGGGCAUUGAAGAUUGUCUACACAUAGAAUUUGAAUACAAUAAAUCAAAGUAUCAUUUAAAGGAUGUGAUUGUUGGAAAGAUUUACUUCUUAUUAGUAAGAAUAAAAAUCCAACAUAUGGAGUUACAACUGAUCAAAAAAGAGAUCACAGGGAUUGGACCCAGUACCACAACAGAAACAGAAACAAUUGCUAAAUAUGAAAUAAUGGAUGGUGCACCGGUCAAAGGUGAAUCAAUUCCAAUAAGACUAUUUUUAGCGGGAUAUGACCCAACUCCAACAAUGAGAGAUGUGAACAAAAAAUUUUCAGUAAGAUACUUUUUGAAUCUAGUCCUUGUUGAUGAGGAAGACAGAAGGUACUUCAAGCAGCAGGAGAUCAUUUUAUGGAGAAAAGCUCCUGAAAAACUGAGGAAACAGAGAACAAACUUUCACCAGCGAUUUGAAUCACCAGAAUCACAGGCAUCUGCUGAACAGCCUGAAAUGUGAACUGAAUAGGAGACAGAAAGAAAAACAAAAAACUCUUACAACCAUUGAGAUUAAGUUUGGCAGGUUAAAGAUGGUUGCCGCAUGUAGGGGGGAAAACACCAGAAGUCCAUGUAUAAUAGUCUUCCUUUAUCUUACAGUGCUGCGUUUAUUUUAUGAUAUAACUGAAUAUUCUUCAUGUACAUACAUUUAAAAAAGUGCUUUCUUUGAAACACUGGAACUUUCUUAAGCAGCUGGUUUCUUUUUUUUUUUACUGCACACUUUGAUUUGAUAAGCACUCAUGCAUCAGUAUAAACAUUUUCAUAUGAGUAGGCUGGUAUCUAAUUUUGCUCUUUUUCUGCAUAAUGUUGAUUAUAAAUGUAUUUCUCAUGCUAGUGAUUAUCUCUUACUCUCUAUAUGCAAAAUUAUUUUGUGUUCAAAUAAAAUUAGAAAACCUGAGUGGCCCUUAUAUCCCACAGAGAUUUAAAAUAUGGCAUCUCAGUAUUUUUGUAUUUUACAUUUUAUGUUUUUACAAAUGUAUUUGAGAAAUGCAUAUGGAAUGUUUCACUGUAGGUUCUUCUGGUCUACCAUUCCAUAGCCUCCUGAAUUUAUUCUCUUUGUAGCCUUCUGUGGUAAGAAGAUUAAUUUUUUUCCCCAAGGGGUUAUGUGGCAUGUCAUUGCGGCCUUUUAAAAAAUUUUUUAUUGGCCAUGUUAAGUAACUAUUUGGCCACUACUAUCCAGCAGGUCCAUUGUAUUUUCUGCAGUGUGGAGUUGAUUCUAUGUUGGCAUUUCUGAUUUGUCAAAACUACAUUAAUUUUCCCAUUAAUACUUUGAAAUUAUUUUUAAUUUAAGGAAUCUUUUUACUACAUACAAGCAAAUAUAAUUUUUUCACAAAGACUCUCUUCCCUUUUCAGGGGAGAAUUUAAGGAUGAUGGGGGUAGUUGAGGUGGACCUGUUAAUAAGCAUGUAGUUAUCCAGAUCUGGACAAUAUCGUGUUUGUCAAAUUGGAACUUUGGCUUGUUCAAACUCAAAUUUAAAUUUAAUACUAAUUUUAAAUUAGUAUUAAAUCUAAUACUAAAUUUAAUACCAUUCUGCUUAAAUUUUAAUACUACAUUCAAGUCAUUUGUUCAAAGUCUGAGAAAAGAAGGCCACAGUCAUGAGCGGAAGGUCCAAUCUCAAAUACACUAAGUGUGGGGUGUAGGAACUAAAACCUGAAGCCUGUUGUGUGAAACUACUUUCACUUAUGGUCAAUUGGUUUUUGUACCAAUACUUUUUAUACACUUCCGUGCAAGUCUGGUCAGUUAACCUUACUUUAUGAGUAAGCUAAGUAACCCAAAUUACAUUUCUUUAAACUUACCUUACUACUACGGCACUUUGAUAAAGUGGUCAGUAACCAAGUUCUUUACUGACAAAAGGUUCCAUGUACCAUGUGCUGGAGCAUCUGUUUUACAUGUAGUUACCCAUGAAUGGUAAUGUUUUCCUUUCAUGUAAGUGCCUGUUCAGAAUUUCAAAACUUAAAAAUGCCAAAUAUUUUCAUGGUCACCUGCAUGUAGUAAUCUAGAAAAUUUUCAAAGGAAAUUUGAAAACCAAUUGUAUUCAUCGAGCCUCAAAUUGUGAGACCAUGAUGUAUAAUAAAGAAUUUGAGAGAUAAA